AUGGAUGCCCAGAAUCGGAGAAAUAGAGUUUUGAUUGAGGAAGCUGUGGAGAGCGAGGUGCCAGAGGUAGCGAGAAAGGUGAUGGAGCUCGGACCAAAGUUUAUUCCUGGCAGACGCGUGACGAAGUCAACAGUACAGCAGGCGGAGGUGGGUGUGGAGAGACUGGCGUUCGGUCUUAGGUGGAAAGAAGAGGCGGAGAAAAACCGGACGCAAGCAGCUUCUCAUCAGACGGAUACGGGGAGGCCCGUGCGACAUCUAGACAAUGACACGAGACUGAGAAAGAUUGCAACCACGACCAAGCAAGCGCCAAGCAUGGAUGAUGAGAAGGAAAACGGAUUAAGGAGACUGAAGGGAAACAUCAUGAGACUGUACAAGAGAGAGGCCGACAUCAAUACCUCCAAUAACGGACGUCAACUAACGAGAAGGGAGAAGGAGGCCCUCUCCACCUUACGGAGGAAUGAAGGAAUCGUGGUUAAGCCAUCUGACAAGAGUAAGGGAUUUGUAGUGAUGUCUCGUGACAGUUAUGUACAGAAAGCGAAUGUCAUACUGGAGUGUCGGGAUAGUUAUGAGCGCUGUGAUGUGAAGGUAGAAGACCUUGGCAAACACACACGCAAGAAAGUCGCUGAGAUCACCCAACACAAGCUACCACAACCACUCGCCAAAGCCAUUCUCCCACAUAACUCACGACCGAGCCAAUUUUACGGUCUACCCAAAGACCACAAGCCAGGUCUUCCGCUGCGCCCAGUAGUGUCUACGUGCGGUUCGUCAAUGGAUAAUGUCUCCUUGUUACUAGAACGUAUCCUGAAUCAGUUGUUGAAGUUCGUUCCAGCACAUUUGACCAGUACAAAGGAGUGUAUUGACGUGUUGAGUGAUGUUGGUGUUCUUCCCGAUGAUUGUAUCAUUGCCUCACUGGAUGUUGUCUCGUUGUAUUCUAACAUACCAGUUGUCGAGAGCAUUGAUGUCGUCAUGGAGUUCUUGGAGUUGCAUCGGAAGGAAGUAGAUAUGUUUCACCUGUCACUGUCGGGUGUUCGGGAGCUCCUGUCAGUCGUGUUAUCGUCCAACUACUUCCAAUUUGACGGUAUCCAGUACAGGCAGCGGAAAGGCCUGGCAAUGGGCAACCAUCUCGCACCCCCAAUGGCAAUCAUUUUCAUGUCGAAGCUCGAGUCGGAGGCGAUGGCUAUGUUUCCGUGGAAGCCUCGCUUGUAUCGUCGCUACAUCGAUGAUUGUCUGGUAGUGUGGUGUCAUGGUCUUGUCAAGUUGAUGGAGUUCGUGCAGUACUUGAGCAGCAGACACCCAGACAUACGCUUCACAGUGGAACACACCCAGCAGAAUGUCUCGCACACAGUCACCAUUGCUGCUACCCUCCACACAUACAAACAUUUCCAGCACUACCGCACCACACAGCAUAUAUACAGUGCAUAUCGGUUAUAG